AGUGAGACAGACUCAUACAGCCGGAUAAGCAGCAGACAGGGACAGCUCCACAGCCAGAGCAGAACUAAUGACCUAGAACAACACCAACACGUUACAGUUCACAGAGACCAGUGUCAUGUUUAAGUUUUUAGAGCAAUUAUUUUGGGAGCCUAAGAGGGCUGAUGCCUAUCAACCACACCAAAGACCUAUAAAUCCUGAAUAUGAUAGAGCAUGGCGGCCAGUGGAAUGGAGUCAGGAUAACGUCUGUCAGAUGUUGAGGUACAUAAAGAAAUUCCAGCCAGCUACUGCAGAAAGCCGCAAGGUUAACAUUCUGCUUCACGGCCCAAUCGGAGCGGGAAAAUCGAGCUUUAUCAACUCCAUCAACACCGCUAUCCAAGGAAAAAACACCGCCAGGGCACUGGUAGAUGCAUCAUCUGGUAAUAGUCAGAGCUACACUUUAACGUUUAACAAUUACCACAUGAAGAAAGCUGGGACUAGAUCUUACUAUCCAUUUGUCUUUACUGACAUCAUGGGUUUGGAACCAGAAAACACACAGGGAAUACAACCCAAAGAUAUAAAGAACAUAUUAAAGGGUCACGUGAAAGACGGCUACACUUUCAAUCCUGUAAAACCAAUUGGUAAAGAUGACCCGAGGUUCUACAGGUCUGACCCCGGUCUGAGAAACAGAGUGCACUGUCUGGUGAGUGCUCUACCAGCUGAUAAAAUCUCCCUCAUAAGUGAUGAGGUUAUACAAAAAAUGAGAGAUGUUCGGAAGACGGCACGUGACUUAGGAAUUCCUCAGGUCGUUGUCAUGUCGAUGGUUGAUAAAGCAUGCCCUCUGGUCAACCAGAACCUCAGUAAGAUCUACACUAGCAAAAGAAUUAAAGAGAAGAUGAAAGAGUGCAGUGACAGACUGGGAGUCCCGAUGAACUGCAUCUAUCCUGUGCAGAACUACCAUGAGCAGGUUGCCAACGAUAUGGACAUGGAUAUUCUCAUUCUAAUGGCAGUGACUGAUAUCAUUAAUUUUGCUAACAACUACGUUGAAGACCAGGUUUACAAAGCUAAUCAGGAUGAUGAAUAAAUUCCCCAUGUGUCCUGUUAACUGGCUAGUUUAUAAAAAUACAGUAUUAAUAGAGAUGCACUUUAAGAUGCACUAAAAAUGUUUCUAAGAUGUAAGUUAUUAAAACAAUGUUUAAUCUGUUUAUUUAAUUAAAUGGACUAUAUUUUGUGCAUGUGAUAUUUUUUUACUAGA